AUGGAUGUAUUUAUCUGGGAAGUUCACCUGCUUGGUCAAGGCAGAGCUGUGCAGAGGUUCAAGCAAGUGCUUUACAAUGAGGCUUCAUUCCUCUUUUCCUGCUGCAGUUUUGGCUCUCCGGAGGUGCCUGGCACUGACUCUGUGUCCUGUUUUGGCAGAGGGGGAGGGGCUGCUGGGAGACGGGCCCACUCCAAGGUGAAGUCCACCAAGCUGCUGGAGGUUCUGAAUGCUCUGGAGGAUGGAGACUCAGGCCACAGCAGGGAAGAGAUUUUUAUCGCACCGCCUGACAACGCUUCAGGGGACUUCACCGAUGAAGAUUCUGGUGAUGAAGAUGGCCCGCGAGGUGCUCAGCUGCCCGGCAGAGUGCUGCAGGCCUCAGUCGUGGCCGAGGACUCUGGCACGGGGGAGGAUAAUGACGACCUGGAGCUGCAGCCAGCCAAGAGGAGGCGCAAGGCAGCCGGGGAGCCUCAGCGCUUUUGGGCCAAGAGAGAUAUUCGACCUGACUUCAGCAAUUGGACAGCAUCAGAUCCUCACAUUGAGGAUCUCAAAAAUCAAGAGCUCAGCCCUGUGGGCCUCUUUGAACUGUUUUUUGAUGAAGGCACACUUAAUUUCAUCGUUAACGAAACCAACCGUUAUGCUUGGCAGAAAAAUGUCAACCUGGGUCUCACCGUCCAGGAGUUGAAGUGUGUGCUGGGCAUUUUGAUCUUAAGUGGGUACAUCUCCUAUCCCAGGAGAAGGAUGUUUUGGGAGACCUCUCCUGACUCCCAUCAUCGUCUCGUAGCUGAUGCGAUUCGAAGGGACAGAUUCGAGCUCAUCUUCUCAUACCUGCACUUUGCAGAUAACAAUGACCUGGAUGACAGUGACAGGUUUGCCAAGGUCCGGCCACUCAUCGUUCAGAUGAACGGCAAUUUCCAGAAGCAUGCGCCCUUGGAAGAGUUCUACAGCUUCGGUGAGUCUAUGUGUGAGUACUUUGGCCACCGGAGGUCCAAGCAGCUGCACUCAGCGAAGCCCGUACGGCUGGGGUAUAAGAUCUGGUGUGGGACCACCAGCAGAGGCUACCUGGUGUGGUUUGAGCCCUCCCAGGGCACGCUGCUCACCAAGCCCGACAGCGGCUUGGAUCUCGGCGGCAGCAUGGUGAUCAAGUUUGCAGACGCCCUUCAGGAGCGUGGCUGUCUGCCCUAUCACAUAUUUUUUGACAAGGUUUUUACAAGUGUCAAACUGAUGUCUAUUUUGCGGAAGAAGGGGGUGAAGGCCACAGGGACGGUCUGCGAGUACAGAACCGAGCGGUGUCCGCUCAAAGAUGCCAAGGAACUGAGGAAAAUGAAGAGGGGCUCGUUCGAUUACAAGGUGGAUGAGCGCGAGGAGAUCAUCGUGUGCCGCUGGCACGACAGCAGCGUGGUCAACAUCUGCUCCAACGCCGUGGGCAUCGAGCCGGUGCGGCUGAGCAGCCGGCCCGCGGGGGCGGCCAAGACGCGCCCGCCCGUGUGCCAGCCGUCGCUGGUGAAGCUGUACCAGGAGAAGGUGGGCGGCGUGAGCCGCCUGGACCAGAACAUCGCCAAGUACAAGGUCAAGAUCCGGGGCCUCAAGUGGUACUCGAGCUUCAUCGGGUACGUCAUCGACGCGGCCCUCAACAACGCCUGGCAGCUGCACCGCAUCUGCUGCCCGGACGCGCGCGUGGACCUGCUGGCCUUCCGCAGGUACGUGGCCUGCGUCUACCUGGAGAGCAACGCCGACGCCUCCUCCCCGGCGCGCCGCGGCCGCCGCCUGGAGACCGAGAGCCGCUUCGACAUGAUCGGGCACUGGAUCGUGCACCAGGACCGGAGGACGCGGUGCGCCCUCUGCCACUCGCAGACCAACACCCGCUGCGAGAAGUGCCAGAAGGGCGUCCACGCCAAGUGCUUCCGGGAGUACCACGUCCGGUGACGCGGGACGCGCGCUUGGGGGAGCGCCACUUCCGGUGAGGCCGGAACCUCGCGCUUCGGGGGAGCGCCACUUCCGGUGAGGCCGGACCGUGCUUUUUGGAGAGCAUCACAUCCGGUGACGGUGGGCGGCGUGCUUCAGGGAGUGCUCCAUCCGGUGAUGGAGACUCUGCUUCCGGGAGCGUCACAUCCGUGACACCCGGACCACAUGCUCAGGUUGGUUUAUCAUGAAGUGAUCGCUGAGAGCGUUUGGAGCACAUCUGUUUUGUGUUGGAAACAAAAGACCUUCCUUCCUUAGGAUUUGACUUUGUAUUUUCUCUUUAUUCCCAACGCAGUUACCUUCUCCACUGUAUUCUGUUAGGCUUCCGUGUAAUAUGUUAAUAUUUGUUAUAGUUUUCGUAUGGGUUUACAAAUCUGUAUUUUAUACUGUUAUUUACUACUUAAAUUUAGCCACAUAAAGAUCUUGCUUUGGGGUAUAUUUGAGUUCUAGGAAGGAUAAUCAAAGUAAAACUUGUAUGAACAGUAGAAAGAUUCUUUUUUUCGUUGUAGGUAUGUUCUGUAUUUCAAGAUGAAGGCAGUUGCCUAGAAAUACCAUAAUAUUAUGAAAGUUUUCCUAAUAUUCAUUUCACUAGUCCAAGACUAUCAAAUUGACCAGGGACAGAUAAUUUGCCUUGUAUUUAUUGAGAAAGCUAACGUUACAGAGCUCAUUUUUUUUUAAAGAUAGAAAAGUUUAUUAGUAGAAAACUAUAAUAGAGAACAAGCACAUGGUAUAGUCAUGCUGUGGGAGAUUCUUAUUUUCUUUAUAAAAGAAGUUUCCUUAAUGUACAUAUAUCCAUGUGGAGUUUUAUUUUUAUAAAUAACAAGAGGUAGGAAUCCAUUUCUUUAAAACUUAUAUGUAUUUUCCCACUGAUUUAAAUUCUACCUUUAUAAUUUCCUGAAUUUAGGGAGAACAUAUUGAAAUACAGAAGCAUUUUGUUGGUUGGGAAGCUUAGAGGGACAUAUUAUGAAGAUGAAAAGGAAUACAUAUGGAAAAUUGAGUCUCUCAAUAAUCUAGGCAAGCAAGUUGAGUAUUCUCUUUGGGAAAGAUGUUUCAGUAGCACAAAGGAACUAUAAAUACAUUUAAAAUUUAUAUUCACCAAAAUUAAAAUGCAAGGAAAUUGAGAAAAUAUGUUCCAUGUUCCUACAUUUGCAAUAAUAUACACAGUAAGUAAACAUAGAUGACAAGAAAAAAACAUGCAAUGUGGUAUGUAAAAAUGAUUGGCUAUAAGAAAUGAACAAAAAGACAUGGAAGAGACUCUGCUAUGGUCACAAAAUGCAAAGAAAAGCAAUUACAUAUCCUUUUUUUUCAUCCCUACUAUUAAUUAUGUAAAUGUGGAAAGAUGGUAGACUAAUACAGUACCCAAAGGAGUAUAAAUCUGUAAACUUCUGAAGGUAGUUUAAUAAAGUUUUGUUCAAAAUCUUAAGAACUAUUUAUACCUAUAGAGUGAAGCAAAUGUUCAGUCUGCAGUGAAAAAAGAUGGAAUAAA